CGGACAUCGAUAGCUAAACGCUCGUGGAAGCUACAAGGCCUUUUUACGCCUAGUGUCCGCAGGGAGCUCUGUGUAGGAAGCAGAGUUACUCGACGACCGUAAUUUGGUCACUACUGCCGAGAAAAUCAUAGUCUCACACCAGUUGCCUGGUGUAUGGAAAGUAUAGCGAACGGCCUUAGUGAAUGUGUUCACGAGCUUUGAAUGUGCAACCUGGGCUGCACAUUAAUGAGGGUGCUGUAACCUGUGCUCAACUGCGUCAGGGCCCAGCAACAGGUUUCUUCUUAUACAAAUCCAGCUGCCGACUGUACCUAAACGGUGAACCGCCUUGGGUACCACUCUUCUGACAGGCCAACAAGAAUCUCUCAUCUUAUUUAUUCUGCCUUCAGUACAAACUGACUAAAUCUGACUGAGGGCUGCCUCUUUGCUUAUUCCAACCAGCUUUUCCUAAAAUCGAGGACUGAUCGGUCAUACCUUCUCCCAAGUAUCACCUACCACUGAUUCAAACAACAUCCAUCAUGCAGCUGGGUAAACUUGAUGAACGUAUUCAUGUUAUGGAUGCCAGUUCAAACGUCUGGAGCAUCAUAAAGGACAUCGCAGAGUCAGGAAUUCAAGAGGAAGCAUUCUAUGUCUGUGACGUUGGUGACAUCAUAAACAAACACAAGGAAUGGAAAAUUAAAAUGCCGAGGGUACAGCCUUAUUAUGCGGUGAAAUGCAACGAUAGCCUCACUGUGAUUGAGGUGCUGGCUGCACUUGGAACUUGCUUCGAUUGUGCUUCAAAGGCUGAAAUUGACAGAGUUCUUUCCGUUGGUGUCGACCCAAGCCACAUCAUAUUCGCAAACCCUGCAAAACCAUCAUCGCACAUCCGCCAUGCAGCGGCUGUAGGUGUUGAUCUGAUGACUUUUGACAGUGACUGUGAGCUCCACAAAAUAAAGAGCCUAUUUCCUGCUGCCAAGCUGGUGCUACGUAUCCGGUAUGACGCUGCCGUGGCUCAGUGCCAGCUUGGGAACAAGUUUGGAUGUGACCCAGAAUCAGAUGCACCACGCCUGAUGGAAUUGGCUCACUCGUUGGGUCUAGACAUUGUGGGCAUCAGUUUCCACGUCGGCUCUGGCUGUGACGAUCCACCAGUAUUCUACAAAGCUAUUUCUGCUGCUCGAAGACUUUUUGAUCUGGGGUCAGCUCUUGGCUUCUCCAUGAGUUUGCUUGAUCUUGGUGGUGGCUAUCCUGGCAACAAGGGUGCCCAUUUAGACAAGAUUGCAGAGGUGGUGAACAGUGCUCUCGGAGACUUCUUUCCUGAGCCAGAUGUUCACAUAAUGGCAGAACCAGGACGUUAUUACGUUGCCUCAGCUUACACACUUGCUACAAAUGUUCACUCCAAGAGAGAACUUAUCAAUCCAAAUGAUGGAUCCAUCACAUCAGUCAUGUACUACGUAAAUGAUGGGUUGUAUGGCAGUUUUAAUUGUAUUCUGUAUGACCAUAUGAAAGUGACUCCAGUUACUCUCAAAGCACCUGGACCUAAAAUGCGUCCCUGUUCUGUCUGGGGACCAACUUGUGAUGGCCUGGAUCAAAUAGUUGAGUCUACUUUGCUGCCAGAGCUGGACAUAGGAGAUUGGUUGAUUUUUGAGAAUAUGGGUGCUUACACUUUGCCUGUGGCGUCCCCUUUCAACGGCUUCCCUGUUCCCAAAGUGCAUACUGUGAUUGAUGCCCAAGGCUGGCUGCUGCUCAAAGACCGACUCCCCAUGACAGAAGAACAUUUUGUUAUUGGAAACAUACCAGCAAAUCUACACCUGGGGCUAUCGAUAGAUGGUAAAGGCAACAUUGACGAGUGGGAUGAAGUUCACAUGCCUGUUUCAUCUUCUGAUGAUGAGGUUGUGGAUGAUCACAUGUCACAUUCAACUGUGGGCUCCAGCAUCAUAUAUCCAUUGCUUCAGAUGGGACAUGUUAAUUAGGAUCAAGUAAAUGCAUCAUGCACCUCAGUGACAAUAAAUGAUAAUGUGCUGGGUUAUUGUUCUGUCCCGCCCCCUUCCAUACCGUAAACUGAAAACAACUUAGCAAUUUUCUCCCGUGGCUGUUUAUUUUGCGCCAAUAUCUUACUGUGAAUAGGACUGAAUGCAAGAACUGACAAACUGUCCUUUGGGGCAGCGAUACAACAUAAUACCUAUGCACAGUGUACCAAAAUGGAAGCAUUAAUACCUAGAAUAUAUAUUAUUUAAAGACAAGUACAGUGGACGUUGAGUGAUAUAAUCCUUAGAUCAAGUGAUUCUAAUGCAGCACGUUACAUGGUUGUAUGGUGUGCAGUUCCCACUUACACUUAGCUGCAUGUGGCAAAGCAUAUGAGAUCAGUCCACUGUUUGUUAAGUGAGAUGUGACAGGAAGAUCUUACGUCCAUUAAAAAUCUUUUGUGUACUGCAGCUCAAUGCCUGAAAUGUGGUUAAGAGACUAAAAAACGAAUCUCAGAAUAACUUAAAAUAUCAAGGUUUUUUCAGAGUCAUUUCAGGCACACAGCUGUCAGCUGAGCUCUCAUUGUAAACGCAUAAAUUGCCUUUAUUUAGGCCCAACCAGAGAAUAAUGUAUUUAUACACUCAGCACAUUAACAGCAGAUGCAUUAUUAGAACCAGAACAAAUAAAUAAAAAUUUUUUACUGAGGUGAAUGAUACGAUGCAUGUCAAAUGCUAACUUGUUAUGGUAGAAUAUAUAAUAAUUUCAAUUAAAUGAAACAAUUCACACAUAAAACUUGUAUGCAGAGGAAUGAAACAACUCCAUGUAAAUUUGUUAUUUUAGUGGUAGUUUAUUUAGAGACAGUCUUUCCAAAAGCUUUUGUUAGAGAAAAGGUCACCAUAACCAGCACUGUCAAGUGCUGAAAACUUUGUCUUAGAAAUAUGUUUCAAGUCUCUGUAUGGUGUUAUACUGUUAAUAGAUCAAUUAUGUUUCUUCACUAACAAGUAUAUUAGCAAAUGCAUUUGUCUUCAGUGAUAUUUGGGUGACAUAAGGUGUUGAGCCAACAGAUUUUAAUCGAAAAGUUUGUUAUGGUUGAAUAAGUGGAGAGGCAGCUUCUUCACUUGAAUUUGUUAUUUUUUUGUAUACAAUCUUAUAUAAUAAAUAAUAUUGUUUAAAAUAA